AUGGCAACCAUCGAGAGCUUUCGUAAAUUGUUGAAAUAUUUGAUAGUGUACUCGAAAGUGCCCGGGGUUGAAAUGUGGACUGCGCCGGGAAAGUUCAAGCCACUCUACAUUAAGUUCUUUGUGGGACAUUCAAAAUCAAAGGAAGUGAUUGUUUUCUCUAACAAAAUCGAGCAGGAAGUGUUUGAGCAAAAUAAAAAUAGAACUGCUGGAGAGACUGUUCUGUUGAAACAAACUGGUUAUAUUCUUUGGUUUUUUUUUCGUUUUGUAACCACAUUAGCUACUAUCGUUGUACUAGCAUUUGGGCUGUAUCCAUUGUUCGCGUAUAAUGUAAAUGGAGUAGUGAUGCCUUUGUUCCUGUACGAGCUACCAUAUUACGAUUGGAGCACUACUAUUGGAUAUGUUGUGAACAUGAUGUUUCAAGUAAACUUGCUGGUGAUCGGUACGAUAGGAGCCAUGCUGUUCGACUUCUUGUACUUUAUGUACGCAAUGUAUACAAUGGUAAAGGCGGAUAUUUUUAUAAUACAUCUUGGUGAGCUAGAGAAAAUGCUAAAUGAUCCGCUGACAAUGAAGAAAAACCAAUCCAGUGUACGGGAAAAAUGGGUGCAGUGCAUGUUUGAACAUCAGCAGACUACCAACUUCCUGAAUUCCAUCGAAGACAUUUUUGGGCUCAUGUGUCUAGCUCAAGUCUCCAUGGGAGUAUUUACGAUAUGCGAUGCAAUGCUACUGGUAGCAUUGACGGAUUGGUAUCCUACAUACUCGUUCUUAUUGGUGAUGUUUAUCGAACUGUCAUUAUAUUUUUUGAUUGGACACUUGAUCGAACUAAAGAUUGAUGCAAUGUACAACAAGAUCAUCUCAAUGCCUUGGUUUAAGCUUCCAGUGAAGGAACAGAAAGAGUUUAGAUUUCUGAUGAGCAGACAGCAAUGCCCGAUGAUGUUGACUGCGUAUGGCUUUCAUCCCAUGAAUUUCGAGGCGUACAUGAGUGUGUUGAAAGGCCUGUACCAGUUUUUCGUCAUGGUCAUGCAGUAUGUUGGCUAAACCUGAAAAAUUGUUUUGGUAAUAAUUGUUCCACUUACUAUUCACCAAAAUAUGUGAUGCACUCAUGCAAUACCAAUCAUACAAAGUUAGUACACAUCUGAAAGUACACCAAAUCAUCUCAAAGAAUGCGUAGCAAAAGAGUUAAUUAAAAUGAAAUCUUAGACACUGUCUCUGUUAGAACCUAUGAACAGAUAAACCUUUAGAGUUUGGUGGUUCAAAGAGGAAUAAACAAACAAAAAAAUUACCGUAUAGUUACAAGAUUAUCAACCUUAUGAUUUUUGGAAUAAAAUUGAUUUGUGUUUGGACAAAUUAAAAGGAAUGUUGUUAAAAAUAUUAAAUAUUCGUAUAACUGUAUUUUUUCGUUCGUUUCUGAUCAACGUCCGUCUUCGCUCAAUGCUCCC